CCUCUACUCCACUGACACUCCCGGUGACCUUUGGUACAGUGCAGAGGCUUCUGCAUGAGCAAAGCUCCACGCUGAGGCAAUAGAAAUAAAAGGAAGAGCUGUAGUUUAAAAGUCAAAAGGUAGUACGAUGUUAUCCUUUAUCACGUCGCUUAUUCCAACUUCCUACUUAAUACCAGAGUGGUUGACUCUCGAUAUAAAUCCACUGGAUAGUUUACUUCAAGGACUGGUGGGUGCAUGUGGGAUCUCUGUGCUAUGCUCCACAAUAAGACUGCACUUAUUUCUAGAAGAAGAGAGUUGUAAUGAUAAAAAUGAUAAAGACACAUUAAGCCAGAGGACACCAAGUCAUCAAAGGAGCACUUACAGUGGACUUUUCGGGAUGCUGCAGUUUUUCUUUGUGACUGGGAUGCUGGCUGUAGUGGGCUCCCGUGUUGCCUCCCUGGUGGUACUAGAGUUUUGUCUUCGUGCUGUCUCUGGAUUGGUUACAGCAGGACCAGAGUCCAGGAAAUGUGUGCAGCAGCUGUUAGUUCAAAGCCAGUUCUCUCUAGGCUGUGCCCUAACCUGCAGUUUGCACUUUCUCCAUGAGGGGGCGGCCCAGCGCUGGCUAUGCCUGCUCCUGGCAGCAGCACCUAGCUGGUUCCUGGCUAGUCAGGCCACACGGCUGCUGCGCCAUGUCAUGGCUCUGUAUAAACUCCACAGCUCACAGCGCUACUGCGGCAUUUGCAUCUGCCUCCUCACAUCAGGCCGCAGUGUGCUGCCUAUGCUGUGCAGGACUAUGAUCAUUACUUUCUCUGUGGCUGUGGUGGCCUCCAUUUCAAUCAUCAAUCAACACUUCCUCUCUGCAACAGAGGCCCUCAGGUUUUGGACACCACUGACUAUCUGCUACACACUGUUGGUUGUGUACAUGCAGGAGGAGCAGCACCGUCUGCCCGGUAGCCAGGCUGUCUUGAACACAGUGGUGGUGCGUCUCGGUGGUUUGAUGAUCCUGAUGCUGACUGUUGGACGUUGGGCUGACGUGCUCCACAUCCUAAUGUGUUUCCUGGGUGAGGCUAGCUGUCUAAUCCCCACUAAGGAUCUGCUGGAUGCGGCAUCCUCACAGGAUGAAGAGGAUUAUACAGACUACGUACGUAGACCACAGGCACAAGAGAAGGAGCAUCAGAGAUAGACACACUCAGAUUUUAAAAUGUAGUGGCACUUCUUUUUAAUGACACUCAUUUGUGUAAGUCCUAUUAGGGCUAAAUCAACAAUGGAUGCUUUAUAACAUCAAAACAGUUAUAUUGCCCAUAUUUGUAAGGUUUCUUUUUUUUUUUUAAUUGGUAAUAUUUCAAUUAUGUAUUUAAUGUUCUUGACUGUAGCAGUACUUUGCUUUAUUGUUUAUUCCCUUUUUAAUGUUUAUUGUUUACUGUAUAUGCACCUUAUACACCUUGCAAGUGCAAACUUCCAUGCCAAUAAAUAUGAGUAUGUUGUUCUAUUUAGAAUAUGUUUUUAUAUUGGAAAUUGAAAAUAUAUGGAAAUUCAAUAUCUUAAAAAAAGGUUAUCCAAAAACCAUUGCCUAUAUAUGUGGAAUAGUAAAAUGAACCACAGUAUAAUCUUCUUGUCCGUUAUUCUCUUAUGAAUCAGAUUUUCUUUGUGAUUUUCAGUUCAUUCAUUAUAACUCAGGUGACAAACUUGCAGUUCUGGAUUUUUUUCUAGGAGUUUGUGUGACAUCUUGGAUGAAUUAAUGCCAGUAACUUGCUAGGAGAAUCAUAGUACCAAAUUUUCUUUGUGGGGCCCCAGAGCCUGGGGGCGUUGUAAGCCUUUCCACAGCUUAGGCUACUGAUAGAUGAGGGUCAAAAUAAGCGAGGUUUACAAUGUGUAGGUUAUGUUGCUAUAAUCAAACCUAGCUGUGAGCAAUCAGCGAUUCUCAUUAUCCCACUAAUUGGUAUGAUUAUAGGAGGUUUAAGAAUGUAUUUUAUUUCCAUUAAUUUGGCAAUGGGAUUAGCUAUUCUCUUUUUACAUUUUAAAGAGCAUGAGAACACAAAAAUGUGUUAUGUAGGCCUACAUUACAUACAUUAUGAACUUCAAAAGGGGGGAAAUUUCAUGAGACUAUUACACACAGCUCGCAUCAACGUUUUACCAUAAAACAAAUAGCUAGCAAAUGGAUUAAAUGGGAGCACUAAACAUGUUGAACAAAAUUGCUCGCAAUUUUCACCGGUAAUGCAGUUCCUGACAGCUGCAAACGUUAAUAAGAAAUACAGACAUAAACUCCAUACCAAACAGCUUAGGCAAUUGGUAAAUUUAAUUUUCAUUUUGUCGGUUAAACUCAAUUUCCACACAACCUAUGGGCCUAAAAAUAUCUGCUUUUGUCUCUCCGGAGGUUGUCUACUUCAAAAGAAAAGGCAAAAUGGCUGACGACAACGUUAGUGCUGUAAUGUCGCACAAAAUGGCGUUAGA